CCGACACAAACACACACAGUCAUACUUGGAUCUCAAGGGUUGUUCUGGAGGUAGGUCCAGCAGCAAGGCAGCGCUGGAAGAGGGAGUUUGCCCAGGGCUGCCCAGAAGAGACAUAUCUUUAGUGGUACUUCCCUGGUUUUGGACACUGGGCAGCCCACAUGCAUCCUGGAUGGCACUGAAGAGAGAUGGUUAGUCCUGCAGCCAGCUGAUAUGAGUCCUCUUUGCUGCAGCCCUUGUUUCCAAGGAGUUGGGGAAGGGGCCUUGUAGGGUCUGGGAGUGGCUGCCAUCAAUCUUUGACCUCUCCCCUGAGGCUCAGAGCCCCAGGCUCUCUCCCCACCCUCUCCCUGCCCCCAAAGCCAGCUUCCCUCCCCCUUGGGGCGCGGCCCCUCCCGCCAAAGGAAGUGAGAGGGGGCUGUUGUAAGAGGAACUAAAGCCAGGAGUCGGGUUAAGGAGCAAGAGCAUGGCCAUGCCUGAGCUGCCCCCACGAGCCUCCUGAAGCUACACCCUGUCACGAUUCCAUUAGGUGUUCCUCUACCCCAGGACCCCAGACACCAACUCUCACCAUGGUCAUAAGACUACCACUCCAGAGAGGGCCUACCUCACACCCAGAGGAAGGAUGCUGCUCGGAGAGGCUGAGAAGAGUCUAGGCAGACAGGCCUUGCUGGGUCUCCCCACUCAGGCUGUUAGUAUUAGAUUAUACUCUUUCUUUCCGAUCAAAUUUCUACUUGGCUGUCCAUACUUUGUUGAACCUACGCAUAAAAAUGGACAAUUUUCCCUCUAUCUUUAGGUCCUCAUUCUGAAGGUUCCCAUGUACACACAUUAAAUAAAUGUGUAGGCCUUUUCUCCUAUUGAUCAAUGUGCUUCAUGUCAGUGAUUUUUCUGAGAACCUGUAGGGAGCCAAGAGCCUUGGUCCCUACAUUAACCCUUCUCUGCACCGCCUGGCCUCUUGUGGGUGCAGGUGGGAGAAUCUGUUCUUUGCUGCCAAACUAUCUGGGUUCAAAUCUCCCACAUCCUUGGAAACAAUAUAACCUUGUCUUUGAGCAGGUGUCUUUUGUCAAACCCCUCUACCUUUUGGGCCUCAGAGUCCCCCCAGUCUACACCACACAGAGAUGACCUCUGGCAGUCUGGCAUGAUGUAAGUUCGUGGUGAAUGUUAAUUCUGUCAAAUGCUCCUCAGCCUGGACUUUCCUCACAGCUACUAAGGCUGGGAAGGGGCCCAAACCCUGCACCCUGAUCUUAUUCUCCAGAGUGGGUUCAUCCUCACGUCAAGCCUGGGCAGUGGGGCUGUUUCUCCCAUUUUACAAAUGAGGCAAAUGAAGCUAAUUGUAGUAUCAAAUCAGCCAUCCAAGAAUAGAACACAGAUCUCCCCCAUGCCAAAGGCUAGGCUUAUUUAAUCUCCAUAGGCAUUCCUCAGCAAAUCCUCCCUCUGGCUGUCAGAAUGUUCAGUAUCUGACCACGUACCUCUCCCACCCAACCCUUCUCAAGAACGUCCCAUGGCUCCCUAAUGCCCCAGGAAUGACUGGCUCCCCCUGUGCCCUACAGUUGCCCACCCUCUCUUGCUUAUUCCCAAACUGUACCCUCUCAGCCCAGCAUAUCCACUUUCUUUUCCUGGAAUCUGCUGGCAAACAGGAGUCCUCUUUAAUUAACUGAUUUCAAUUCCCAGCAUCCUUGGUUCUAGGGGUCCUUCCCUGAAGGUGGGUUUCUUUCUUUACCUUUGUCCAUUGUUCACUGAAUAGAUCCUCCUUGCUAGGGCUGAGAAAAGACUCCCCCAAUCUCUGUCUCCAUGAGCUCCUGGUCUGGGAGUCGGGGUGGGGGGCUUCCUGGAGGAGGAACAUCUUAUCUGAGCAUGAGUUCGUCAGAAGAGGGCGCUCCAGCUCCGUGCCUGUAGCUCAAGCGGCUAAGGCAACCAGCCACAUACACCUGAGCUGGAAGGUUCAAAUCCAGCCCAGGCCGCCAAACAACAACGACAGCUGCAACCAAAAAUUAGCCGGGUGUUGUGGCGGGCGCCUGUAGUCCCAGCUACUUGGGAGGUGGAGGCAGGAGACUCGCUUGAGCCCAGGAGUUGGAGGUUGCUGUGAGCUGUGAUACCACAGCACUCUACCCAGGGUGACAGCUUGAGGUUCUGUCUCAAAAAAAAAAAGAUAUAAAAAAAGCAAAAAGUGGCGGCGCCUGUGGCUCAGUGAGUAGGGCGCUGGCCCCAUAUGCCAAGGGUGGUGGGUUCAAACCCAGCCCCGGCCAAACUGCAACAAAAAAAUGGCUGGGUGCUGUGGCGGGCACCUGUAGUCCCAGCUACUCGGGAGGCUGAGGCAAGAGAAUCGCUUAAGCCCAGGAGCUGGAGGUUGCUGUGAGCUGUGUGGUGCCAUGGCACUCUACCAAGGGCCAUAAAGUGAGACUCUGUCUCUAAAAAAAAAAAAAAAGGUAAAAAAAAAAAAAAGAAAAAAGUUUAUUUUCUUUUCUUGGGGGAAGUUACACAGUAUAUGAAAGGAAGAAGGGGAUGUGCAGAAGAGGAUCCACAUUUUUAUAGGGAGAAAUGGUAAAGAAUAGUCAAUGUUGUAAGCUGAUAACAGGAGAUGGCUGAAGCAGCUGUGUCUGAUUUUUUCCUUUUUUUUUUUUCUUUUCUCUGUGAGACUGGCUUAUCAGAGUACUUGAAAUGUCUUUUGGGAAGGAAUUGAGGCAGAGAGCUCAGAGCCCUACUGUUUGGUCAGGGCUCUUUGAGGCUGUUUAAAACAAACUCUUGGCUGGGCAUGGUGGCUCCUGCCUGUAAUCCUAGCACUCACAGAGGCUGAGGCAGGUGGAUAACUUGAGCUCAGUAGUUCAAGACCAGCCUAAGCAAAAGCGAGACCUCCUCUCUACUAAAAAUAGAAAAACUUCCAGGUGUUGUGUUGAGAGCCUGCAGUCCCAGCUAUUUGAGAGGCUGUGGCAAGGAUCUUUUGAGUCCAAGAGUUUGAGGUUGCAAUGAACUAAGCUGAUGCCACAGCACUCUACCCAGGGUGACAGAAUAAAAAAAAACCCUCUUAAGUAAAACAAUUUAAGAUUGUUUGAUCAAUCUUGAUCAAACAAAGGGGCAGUUGUGAUCUUUCACUUCAAAGGGGCAAUUAUGUGCUGUGAGUUUAUCCCCCUUCCUUUCUGUUAGAUUAUUUAUUAGCAAGCCCAUCCUUUCAGCCUAUUUGCUGGGCUCCUCCCUCACUGAAUGGAGAAAGUUUGAGCCUGAGAGAGCCAGGUGUUCAAGACACUAAAAGAAUCAAAUCAGUCUAAGAGGAGAGAGGACCAGAAAGGCUUACCUAGAGGAGUGUUUUUUGGAGAGCCUGUGCCUAAUUCUUCUCCAUAGGGCCUAACGUAGGUGUCAUGUGAUGAGAAACUCAGGGAGGAACUGAGAUAGGAUAGUGGGACCCUGGGAAAAUGCUGGAGCUGCUGAGGAGUGAGGCAAAAGCACCUGAGGACAGAGACGACCUUGUCAGGGCCAGCAGGGACACUGGGCCAGAAGUGGAGGGUGGAGCUGAGGAACAGGGUCAUAGGUGGGCACAGAGCAGAGGCCACACCACAUGGUGGCCUGAAGGAGCUCAGAGUGACAGGCUGGUUCACACGACCACAGGAAAGGAAGAGGAGUGGGAAGAAGGAGGCCACUUCCCAGCAGCUCAGAUGCCACAGAGAGGUCAAGGACUCAGUGCAGACCUGGGCAGAGAGAGGGGAGCUGGCUACAGAGCCAUCCACUGAGAGCUCCCGUGCCCUGCCGAGCCUGGCAUCUCUCCUGGAGGGGCAAAGCGGGUACUCAGUGGCAGCAAGGAGCGCUUCCACUGGCAGAGCCACAAUGUAAAGCAGAGUGGUGUGGAUGACAUGGUGCUGCUGCCCCAGAUCACCGAGGACGCCAUCUCUGCCAACCUCCGGAAGCGCUUCAUGGACGACUACAUCUUUACCUAUAUUGGCUCGGUGCUCAUCUCCGUAAACCCCUUCAAGCAGAUGCCUUACUUCACUGACCGCGAGAUUGACCUCUACCAGGGCGCGGCUCAGUAUGAGAAUCCCCCACACAUCUACGCCCUCACGGACAACAUGUACCGCAACAUGCUCAUCGACUGUGAAAACCAGUGUGUUAUCAUCAGUGGAGAGAGUGGAGCUGGGAAGACGGUGGCAGCCAAAUACAUCAUGGGCUACAUCUCCAAGGUGUCUGGCGGGAGAGAGAAGGUCCAGCACGUGAAAGAUAUCAUCCUGCAGUCAAACCCGCUGCUCGAGGCCUUUGGCAAUGCCAAGACGGUGCGCAACAACAACUCCAGCCGCUUUGGCAAGUAUUUCGAGAUCCAAUUCAGCCGAGGUGGGGAGCCAGAUGGAGGCAAAAUCUCCAACUUCUUGCUGGAAAAGUCCCGUGUGGUCAUGCAGAAUGAAAACGAGAGGAAUUUCCACAUCUACUACCAGCUGCUGGAAGGAGCCUCCCAUGAGCAGCGACAGAACCUGGGGCUCAUGACGCCUGACUACUAUUACUACCUCAACCAAUCGGACACCUACAAGGUGGAUGGCACCGAUGACAGGAGUGACUUCAGUGAGACACUGAGCGCCAUGCAGGUCAUUGGGAUCCCACCCAACAUCCAGCAGCUGGUUCUGCAGCUAGUGGCAGGGAUCUUGCACCUGGGGAACAUCAGCUUCUGCGAAGAUGGGAAUUAUGCCCGGGUGGAGAGUGUAGACCUCCUAGCCUUCCCUGCCUACCUGCUGGGUGUUGACAGCGGGCGGCUGCAAGAGAAGCUGACUAGCCGCAAGAUGGACAGCCGCUGGGGUGGACGCAGCGAGUCCAUUGAUGUGACCCUCAAUGUGGAGCAGGCAGCCUACACCCGCGACGCGCUCGCCAAGGGGCUCUAUGCCCGCCUCUUCGACUUCCUUGUGGAGGCCAUCAACCGUGCAAUGCAGAAGCCACGGGAAGAGUACAGCAUUGGAGUGCUGGAUAUCUAUGGCUUCGAGAUCUUCCAGAAAAACGGCUUUGAGCAGUUCUGCAUUAACUUUGUCAAUGAGAAGCUGCAACAAAUCUUUAUUGAGCUCACCCUGAAGGCCGAGCAGGAGGAGUACGUCCAGGAGGGCAUCCGCUGGACGCCCAUCCAGUACUUCAACAACAAAGUCGUCUGCGACCUCAUUGAAAACAAGCUGAACCCGCCGGGCAUCAUGAGUGUUCUGGACGACGUGUGCGCCACGAUGCAUGCCACAGGCGGGGGCGCCGACCAGACACUGCUGCAGAAGUUGCAGGCAGCAGUGGGCACCCACGAGCACUUCAACAGCUGGAGCAUGGGGUUCAUCAUCCACCACUAUGCGGGCAAAGUCUCCUACGAUAUCAGCGGCUUCUGCGAGAGAAACCGAGAUGUUCUCUUCUCAGACCUCAUAGAGCUGAUGCAGACCAGUGAACAGGCCUUCCUCCGGAUGCUCUUUCCUGAGAAGCUGGAUGUGGACAAGAAGGGCCGCCCCAGCACUGCUGGCUCCAAGAUCAAGAAACAAGCCAAUGACCUGGUGACCACACUGAAGCGGUGCACACCCCACUACAUCCGAUGCAUCAAGCCCAACGAGACCAAGAGGCCCCGAGACUGGGAGGAGAACAGGGUUAAGCACCAGGUGGAAUACUUGGGCCUGAAGGAGAAUAUCAGGGUGCGCCGGGCCGGCUUCGCCUACCGCCGCCAGUUCUCUAAGUUCCUGCAAAGAUAUGCCAUCCUGACCCCUGAGACAUGGCCCCGGUGGCGUGGGGAUGAACGUCAGGGUGUCCAACACCUGCUUCGGGCAGUCAACAUGGAGCCUGACCAGUACCAGAUGGGGAGCACCAAAGUCUUCAUCAAGAACCCAGAGUCACUUUUCCUACUGGAGGAGAUGCGAGAGCGAAAGUUUGACGGCUUUGCCCGCACCAUCCAGAAGGCCUGGAGACGCCACAUGGCAGUCCGGAAGUAUGAGGAGAUGCGAGAGGAAGCUUCCAACAUCCUGCUCAACAAGAAGGAGAGGAGGUGGAACAGCAUCAACCGGAACUUUGUUGGGGACUACCUAGGACUGGAGGAGCGGCCGGAGCUGCGCCAGUUCCUGGGCAAGAGGGAGCGGGUGGACUUUGCCAACUCGGUCACCAAGUAUGACCGCCGCUUCAAGCCCAUCAAACGGGACUUGAUCCUGACACCCAAGUAUGUGUAUGUGAUUGGGCGAGAGAAGGUGAAGAAGGGACCAGAGAAGGGCCAGGUGCGUGAGGUCUUGAAGAAGAAACUAGAGAUCCAGGCCCUACGGGGAGUGUCCCUCAGUACGCGGCAGGACGACUUUUUCAUCCUGCAAGAGGACGCCGCCGACAGCUUCCUGGAGAGCAUCUUCAAGACCGAGUUCGUCAGCCUACUGUGCAAGCGCUUCGAGGAGGCGGCGCGGAGGCCCCUGCCACUCACCUUCAGCGACACACUACAGUUCCGAGUGAAAAAAGAGGGCUGGGGCGGAGGCGGCACCCGCACCGUCACCUUCACCCGGGGCUCUGGCGAGGUGGCGGUCUUCAAGGCCAGCGGCCGGGCCCUCACGGUCAGCGUGGGUGACGGGAUGCCCAAGAGCUCUAAGCCUUUGCGGAAGGCAGUGGCCCAGGGAAGACCCCGGAGGUCGGCCCCAGCCCUCAUCCGGGCGGCUCCAGCGCCCCCCAGAGGCCUGGAUCGCAAUGGGGUGCCUCCCUCUGCUAGAAGGGGUCCUAUGCCUCUGGAGAUCACAUCUGGAGGAAGCUCCCGGCGGCCUCCCCAGGGCCCUCCAGCCUCAACCCUGGGGGCUAGUAGACGCCAGCGGGCACGACCACCCUCAGAACACAACACAGAAUUCCUCAAUGUGCCUGACCAGGGCAUGGCUGGCAUGCAGAGGAAGCGAAGUGUGGGGCAGCGGCCGGUACCCGGUGUAGGCCGACCCAAGCCCCAGCCUCGAUCACAUGGCCCAAGGUGCCGGGCGCUGUACCAAUACAUGGGCCAAGAUGUGGAUGAGCUGAGCUUCAAUGUGAAUGAAGUCAUCGAGAUCCUCAUGGAAGAUUCCUCAGGGUGGUGGAAGGGCCGGCUGCAUGGCCAAGAGGGCCUCUUCCCUGGAAACUACGUGGAGAAAAUAUGAGCCGGAGGCUUGGGAUUCUGCCCUCUUGCACACCCACUCACCUGCCAGGAGGCCAGGCCCUGCCCACAGGAGCCUCAUUUAUCUUAGCUGCAUUAGCCUGAAAUCCAAUCCUGUGGCCUUCACCCCAGCCCAGGCCCUGAGUCUCAAGGUCACUCCUGCAGGCCCCCUGCACCCCCACCGCCAGGGCUCUGAUCUCAUACACAUCACUUCCGCUGCCCAAGUCUCCAUGUUUUCAUCCGUCAAGUGGAACAUAUGGCAGAAUCUACCUCCCAGCUGCCCUGUGAUUAUGAAAUGAAUUGUGUCCUGUGCUGUUAGCAAAGUGCUGGGCACAGUUGGUGUGUGGGAGGGGGUGUCCUCUAUAAGCAUGACUUUGCUCCUCUCAGUGAGGCAAUAAACAUUUGCCCUGUGAAUGCCUGAGAUAACUUAACUUAGUACCUGGCAAUGAGGACGAUGCUUUCAUAACCCUGUGAGGCAGGAACGUGAAUGUUCCCAUUUUACAGAUGAAAAAAUGGAGGCCCAGGUGGCGCCUAUGGCUCAGUGGGUAGGGCGCCAGCCCCAUAUACCGAGGGUGGUGGGUUCGAACCCGGCCCCAGCCAGCUAAAACAGCAAUGAGAACUGCAACAAAAAAUAGCCAGGUGUUGUGGCAGGUACCUGUAGUCCCAGCUACUCAGGAGGCUGAGGCAAGAGAAUCACUUAAGCCCAAGAGUUGGAAGUUGCUAUGAACUGUGAUGCCAUGGCACUCUAUGCAAGGCAACAACGUGAGACUCUGUCUCAGAAAAAGAAAAAAAGAAAGAAAGAAAUGGAGGUUCAGAGAUAAUCAGUCUCUUAACCAAGACUCCAGGCCUUAUGUUUUAUAUAUGCCCCCCUACUCCACACAGUUUCCAUAUUCUUUUCCAGAAACUUCAUCCUAAAUAGUCCAGGGGGGUCCUAUCAGUCUUAAUCUAUAGUUCCCCUGCCCCAAAGCCAUUUGGGACCUGACUGGACCCUAGGGAGGAAAGCAAGUCCCACAUGCCCCCCAUUCCAUCUACCCUGGGUCACCCCAGCCCCUUCCUCCUAUCCCAUGUCUGCCCACUUAGCCUUCACUCACCUGUGGUCAGGACUUGAUUGACAACAUUUGAUAGCACAAUAUGGACACCCCUCAGCUCCUCAGAAAGAAGGCACUCUGGGAGAUAAAGGACCAGACUGUUCAGGGGGCAAAAACUCAGGACAGGACCAGAGAAGGGACUAGUGAGAUGUAAAAGGUAUCAGCAGAUCUCGAUGGCAAACACCACACAGAGUGAUCUAAGCUUUGAUGGGGACACUUCAGGCAGAGGACAACUACCAAGUUGAAGAAUGGGAGGCCAGUAAUCAAACAAAUGCUGGCCAUGGAGCAGCUUUCUGCAAUGUUAGCAUCUUCCCCCUUUGGUACCUACCUUGAGAAGCUGAGCAUGGCUGAAAAAAAAAAUCUCAAGCCUGCAAUUGGGUCUCAACAUCCCUUGUUAUGGUCAAUCAUUAUGUGGAUGGAAAAAUCCAAACUCUAAAGAGGAUUAUUCUGAGCCGAAUGUAUGUGACCUUGGCCUAGGGGGGACAAGUUGAGAAAAUGCACACGAGGGAACCGUAUUACAGUUUAGUUUUGAACAUUCAUGGGGACAGGAAUUACAGGUAAAAUCAUAAAUCAAUACAUGAAGGUUAUACAUCCAUUUGGCCCAGAAAGGCCAGACCUCUCAAAGCAGGAGCUUAUGAGUUAUAGGUGGGUUUUAAGAAUUCUUAAGUUGGGGGGCACCUUUGGCUCAGUGGGUAGGGCACCAGCCCCAUAUACCGAGGGUGGCAGGUUCAAACCCAGCCCCGGCCAAACUGCAACAAAAAAUAGCCGGGCAUUGUGGUGGGGCUCCUGUAGUCACAGCUACUCAGGAGGCUGAGGCAAGAGAAUCAAUUACCUAAGCCCAAGAGCUGGAGGUUGCUGUGAGCUGUGACACCACAGCACUCUACCAAGGGCGAUAAAGUGAGAAUGUGUCUCAAAAAAAUAAAUAAAAAUAAGAAUUCUUAAGUUGACAAUGGUUGAAAAGUAAAACUUUGUCUAAAGACCUGGGAUUAGUGAAAGGGAAUGCUUAAGAUCAGGGUCUGGGUGUCUCCACACCUAUAAUCUAGCAUUUUGGGAGACCAAGGCAGGAGGAUCUCUUGAGGCUAGGAGUUUGAGAUCUCCCUGAGCAAGAACAAGACCUCAUCUCUAAAAAAGAGAAAAAAUUACCUAGGCAUUAUGGCAGGUGCCUGUAGUCCCAGCUACUUGGGAGACUGAGGCAGGAGGAUCACUUAAGGCCAGGAGUUUGAGGCUGCAUUUAGCUAUGAUGAUGCCAGUGACAUCCCAGGAGACAGAGCAAGAUACUAUCUCAAAAAUAAA